UGGAAAAGCUAACUCAUGUUUCCACUCCAUUUUCAUUAAGAAGAUGUAUCAUGUCAUGAUCUAUUGCUCAAACCAAAUCACGCUAAUGUUAUGGAAGUUCCUGGAUUGUGUGAAACAAGAUUAAUACCAAAAAGACCCUCAUCUUUCAUAAUCCAAAAUGGAAAGUUGGCUAUGGAGAUUCCAUGCGGUCAAAGAUUUAUACAGACACAAAGGGGUUCGACAGGAAAGUCAUUUUGAUCCAAUAAAUUCUUAGGGUCAAAUAAAGACAAAGGAUAUGUUAGUGACCUAGCAUGACAAAGCACUCUCCAAGGGCAUGGAAUGUCUAAUUUUUUGGUCAAAAUCUUGAUAGUAAUGUCUCUAUUAGAUUCUCCGGUCGAAAUAUGGGAAAACUCCAUUCAAUUCUUGAUGCAAACAGAGUUUUGCAAAUUCUCCCCAGAACUGGAAGAUCUUUUCGAGAUCUUCAAACAUAUUGGAGGGUUCAAUGUGACUAUUGUUACUUCGGCUAACACACAAGAUGAGACUUUACCACCGUGGCGUGGCUUUUUUAAAAAAGAUGAGGGUCAAUAA